AUCAAAACUGCUAGAAGAAAGGAGACAGAAGCAACAGCAACCCACCUAAAGUCUGACAUCCAGCCACCAACUUCACAGGACAAAAAGGAUCGCAAGUCUAACCUUUCAGAGAAAGAAACUCUGGAAGUUAUGAUUGCCGCACAGUUGCUUUCCACUCUGGCUUUUGUGCUUCUCGUUGGAAAGAGCAGAGCCUGGUACUAUAAUGCCUCCGUGGAACUCAUGACAUACGAUGAAGCUAGUGCAUAUUGCCAGCAAAGGUACACACAUCUGGUGGCAAUCCAAAACCAAGAAGAGAUCAAGUACCUAAACCACACGUUUGCCUAUUCACAAAGCUAUUACUGGAUAGGAAUCCGAAAAGUCAAUGACGUGUGGGUCUGGGUAGGGACCCAGAAGCCUCUGACUGAAGAAGCAACAAACUGGGCUCCAGGAGAGCCAAACAACAAGCAAAAUAAUGAGGACUGUGUAGAGAUUUACAUCAAGAGAAGCCAUGAUGCUGGCAUGUGGAAUGAUGAGCGAUGCAGCAAGAAGAAACUGGCUUUGUGCUAUACAGCUUCCUGUACCUAUGCAUCUUGCAGUGGCCAUGGGGAAUGUGUAGAGACCAUCAAUAACUACACCUGCAAGUGCCACCCUGGUUUCAGUGGACUCAACUGUGAGCAGGUUGUGACAUGCCAAGAACAGGAACAGCCUCAGCACGGAAGCCUACAGUGCACCCAUCCUUACGGGAAUUUCAGCUACAAUUCCUCCUGCUCUGUCAAGUGUGAAAGGGGCUAUCUGCCCAACACCACAGACACGACCACGCGGUGUAUGUCCUCUGGAGAAUGGAGUGCUCCUACUGCAGCUUGCAAUGUGGUUGAGUGUGAGGCUUUGACACAUCCUGCCAAUGGCAUCAGGAAAUGUUCCUCAAACCCGGGCAGCUUCCCAUGGAACACAACCUGUGCAUUUGACUGUGAGCAAGGAUACAGACUCAUGGGAGCCCCGAACCUCAAGUGUACCUCCUCGGGGGACUGGGACAAUGAGAAGCCAACGUGCAAAGCUGUGACCUGUGACGCCAUCCCUCAGCCCCAGCACGGCUCAGUGAGCUGCAGCCACUCAGCGGUUGGUCAGUUCGCUUUCAAGACAUCUUGCAACUUCUCCUGUGAGGAUGGCUUCCUGCUGCAGGGGGCAGCUCAGGUAGAAUGCACCGCUCAAGGGCAGUGGACACAGCAAAUCCCCGUGUGUAAAGCUUUCCAGUGUGAAGCUUUAUCCAAACCAUACCGAGGUUACAUGAAGUGCCUUCCUGGUGCUUCUGGAGCUUUCAAAAGUGGAGCCAGCUGUGAGUUUUCCUGUGAAAAAGGAUUUGAGCUGAAGGGAUCAAAAAGGCUCCAGUGUGACCCAAGAGGGAAGUGGGAUGGCAACAAGCCCACAUGUGCAGCUGUGAAAUGCGGUGCUAUGGCUCAGCCCCACAAUGGCUCCAUGACGUGUACACAUGCUGCUACUGGAGAAUUCACCUACAUGUCCUCCUGUGCCUUCCGCUGUGCGGAAGGCUUUGAAUUACAAGGAUCAGCUCAACUCGAGUGCACAUCUCAGGGACAGUGGACACAGGAGGCCCCCUCUUGCCAAGUGGUUCGGUGUUCGAGCCCUGUGGUUCCAGGAAAGGCCAGCAUGAGCUGCAGUGGGUCAGCGGUGUUUGGCACUGUGUGUGAGUUUGCUUGUCCUGAAGGAUGGAUGCUCAAUGGAUCGUCAUCUCUGACAUGUGAUGCCACGGGACACUGGUCGGGCAUGCUGCCUACCUGUGAAGCUCCCACUGAGUCCAACCUUCCCUUGGUAGCUGGACUUUCGACCGCAGGAACCUCCCUCCUGGCAUUGUCAUCAUUUCUCUUCUGGUUUCUGAAAUACUUUCGGAAAAAAGCAAAGAAAUUUGUCCCUGCCAGCAGCUGCCAAAGCCUUCAAUCUGAUGGAAGCUAUCAAAUGCCUUCUGACCUCAUUUAAGUUCAAAAAAACCAGGAGCACAGGGGUAUCCAGCGACACACACUGAUGAGCUGGAGGCAGCAGAAGAUGAGCUAUCCUUGUACCCUCUUCCAUAUAGCUUGGACCAGGAUGGAUCAAAAUUGAGUGGGUAAGGCCAGCUUCCCACCAGAAGACUCAGUUUCCCCUGUCAUAGUCACAGGGUCAAGAAUGUUCUGGCCACAGAAGGUCAAGGAUGUCCUCUUCAAGCAAAAGUGAAGAGACUGAGGUUCUGGGAUUUCUGCAUCCCUUGACUAAUCCUCCCUUAGUGACUCUGUCAUAAUGAAGAGAUGCUAUGUGGCUUUGUUACUUCAUCUCAUAUGCAGUGUUUCAACUGACUCGAUUGUAUUUAUCAGGAGUUUCAAGGAGGCACUUUGGCCAAGAAUAUUUAAUUUACAUUUUGAAAAGAAUGGGAAAUAUUUUCACAUUCACAGGGGACAGCAUGGAAGGGUUAUUAGGGUAUCAGGUGCAAAUCCUGAAAAAUGCUACAUGCCUGGAUUGCUAAGCAGUCUUGUUUGCUCUUUAUUCCUAUGGGAUUUGGUGCUCUUUAAAGUGUGCUUAGACAUUGUGUUUAGUUUCCUUGCAUUGAAUGUAACAUCAAUGUUUAUUAUUCUUACUUCAGCUCAAAUGUUAAAGAAAUUUUUUAAAUUGGUAAAUGUAGUGUAUGAUAGUAUGAAAGUUGCUUAGUUUAGAUCCCCACCUCCUUGUUUAUCAGCAAUUCUGAUGUUACCUCUGCAUCAUGUUUAUGCUUAAAAUGGACAAUUGUUCAACAAUGGGACAAUUGGUGUGUUCACUACAGAUGUUUAACACAUGGUACUAUCAGUGGAGUAAAAGAUGAAUGAAGUGAUUGCAUAUUUUAAGAGUUUUUAAAUGUGUUGUUUGGCAUGAAAAACUUCUAUGAGGUUACAUGUUCUGAUUUGGUAAGAGCAUAAAUACAAAAAAAAAAAAAAAAAAACAUGAAGGUACCAUUUCUGGGGCCAGUUUCAGCAUGAGUUGAAAACCAAGUGGAAAUGUGGAUAUGCUUUGCUUUCCUACCAAAAUGUUUGUCAGAUGAGACUUGUUUACACAUAUUUCAUGCAAUUUUAAAUUCAUGACAAGAAAUCACCAUGUAUGGAUCCAUGUAGUGGGUUUUCAAAAGGGGAACACGUCUAACCCAUUCUAUGUCAAUGUGUUCUAGAAGAGGGAGAAGCUUGUCUGCUCAGUGUGGAUUCCUUAGGAACUUUCAGAUUCUACCGGCAAUGAAAAAUUCUUUAUUUGUGAGUGCAAAAGGUGCUCCAUCUAAAGCAUCCCAAACUUCCAUUGACAUAACACACCAAAAGAAUCAAUUUUCAGUAAAUUGCUUGUCAAAUAGUGGCAGUGGCAAAGCCAAUAGAGAACAAGGCGACAUGAUAAGCACUGGGGCAGGAAACCUUUUCAAUGGGCCAAAAG